CACUAGUUUCUGUAGCCAUCCGCAUCCGUAACUUCCGCUCUGUCCCAGCAGCGGUGCUAACUUCAGUCCUCUACUCAGUAAACACCGCAGACACUGGAGCUGUGACACUUCUGCUUUACAACUUCAUACAAUAAAAGUUCCAUUAGAAGAGGGAAGCGUGUAACUCGGCUUGUCACCUGCCUGGUUUACUUCAGAGCAAAGUAUUGAUCUGAGGGCUCUUGGGUUAGCUAGCUGACUGCUCGUUAGCUUGUUAGCUAGCAUGCUGCUGUCUCAACACAUCAGACAACUCCUCUCGGACUAAUCUCAUCUCGUCAUGACCGAAUUAAGAUGUCGAAGAACAGACCCUUUGGAGGGUGAUAAAGAAGAUGACGGGCGGCACAAUGAGCCAGAGGUGCAGGCUACAUCUACCAGAGAGCCGGUGAACACAGAGGAGGAGGGGACUGUGUCCACCGGUGAGGAUGGAGAGGACCAUCAGCAGGAGGAAGAUGAGGGAGAAGUUAAAGAAGAGGAUGGAGCGGACAAGCAGCAGGAGGAUAAAGAAGAGGAUGGAGAUGACAAGCAGCAGGAGGAUGAGGGGGAAGUUAAAGAAGAGGAUGCUCAACAGACACAGGAAGAAUCAAACAGACCCGAGUCUUCUGUCAAAAGAUCCAAGUGCUCUUCUGCAUCGGGUUUUUUGCAGCGCCUGGUGAGGGUGUUCUUCGGAUGUCUGGCAGCAGUUGCCUGUGGCGUGCUUUAUGCCGCGUAUCUGUCUGCGUAUCAUGACAGGAAGUUCUGGUUUUCAAUUAGACAGGAGCUAGAGCGGGAAAUCACCUUCCAAGGAGGCAGCGGGCUGUAUUAUUACUACUACAAGCACAUGCUGACGGCACCGUCCUUUGAAAGAGGGUUUUAUGAGCUGACGCUGGAUAACAGGACUGUUUCAGGUCAGACCAUCAACGCAGUGGAGCGUCUGUCUCUGUAUCCAGAGCUCAUCACAAGCCUAAUGUACAGACUCACCGGCAGCCAGGAUUUUGUGGAGCCGAUCUACUUCUAUGUUGGAGCGGUUUUCGGGCUCCAGGCGGUCUAUGUCACCGCCCUGUUUGUGUGUAGCUGGGUGAUGAGCGGCACCUGGGUGGCCGGCAUGUUGGCCGUGGCCUGGUAUGUGAUCAACAGACCAGAUACAAGCAGAGUGGACUAUGCCAUUCCUCUGCGGGACAACUGGGCUCUGCCUUACUUCUCUUGCCAGGUUGCAGCUUUGACUGGAUUCUUGAGUAAUAAUAUCUGCUCUGCCACUGAGAUGUUUUGCUAUCUCACCAUGAGUGCCACCACCUUCACCUUCCUCCUGGUCUGGGAACACAGCCACUACGUGCUCUUCAUCCAAGGCCUCUGUCUUUUCUUACUCGACUCUUUUGACCUGGUGCCACCACGCAAGAUGGCUGACAUUCACAAGGUGUACCUCAGCUCUUUGUUCCUGGCCUACAUGUUCCAGUUUCAGAACCCGACCCUGCUCAGCUCGCCUCUGCUCAGCCUCCUGAUUGGCUCAGUGCUCGCGAGGUACUUCCAGCAAAAGAUGAAGAUGGGGCCUCUUGUGGCCAGAGUGAUGAAGCUCUUCCUACACUUCCACCUAGUCUUUACCACGGGGAUCACCUUCAGUUAUUUGGUCAAGAAACUUAUACCUGUAAGUGAGAGUGACUUCAUUUUGAAAUUCCUUGAAGUAAAAUUUGGGCUCAACACAACAACUGACUUUAUCACCAACUUCCUCCUGUGCCAAAAGAGUUUCCAGACACCCGGUCAGGACUUAUUUCUACGGCUGACGCAGGCCUCAGUCCUUCCCUUCUACUUCCUGGUACUCACUGUCUGCCUGCUGUCCACCCUGCAGACCAUUUACAGAAGACUCAGUGGCCAGCCGAUGAAAACCAACCUCAGGCUUGAAGAUGGACGAAUAGGAGAGCAGCCAGAGGUCAUCUAUCAUGUUUUUCACACGUUGCUUUUUGGAGGCCUGGCUCUGCUGUUUGAUGGGAUGAAAUAUUUAUGGACCCCGUACGUCUGCAUGUUCACAGCAUUCGGUGUGUGUUCUCCAGACCUCUGGAUGACUGUGUUUAAGUGGCUCAAACUGAAGUCCAUCCACCCUGUAGUACUGUCUCUGAUCCUGAGCACAGCAGUUCCUACCAUCAUUGGUUUCAGUCUGUGGAGAGAGUACUGCCCUCGUGUCUUAGCAGAGUUGUCAGAUCUGCAGGAGUUUUAUGACCCAGAUACAGUAGAGCUGAUCAGCUGGAUCAAGUCCCAGGCUCCAGUGGCGGCUGUCUUUGCAGGCAGCCCUCAGCUGUUGGGAACAGUGAAGUUGUGUUCAGGUUCAGCUGUAACCAGUUUACCGCUUUACUCAGACAUCAACCUGCUGAGGAGAACUGAAGAUACUUACCAGGUGUAUGCAAUGAGAUCUGCAGAGGACAUCUACAAGAUUCUGACCUCUCACAAGACAAACUAUGUGAUCAUCGAGGAGUCGAUUUGUAACGAGCUCAGUCUUAAUAAAGGCUGUAGGAUCAAAGACCUGCUGGACAUCGCCAAUGGACAUGUCGUUUAUGACAAAGGAGAGAUCUACUCCUUCUCCAAGCACGGAAGAUUCUGCCACGAGAUAAAGAUGAACUACUCGCCCUACACAAACUACUUCACUCGGGUUUUCUGGAACCGCUCGUACCACGUGUACAAAGUGAACUCUGUCAUCUCCUUUCAGUACUGACAGCAGCUCCUGCCUCCCUGCUGAGAGUUCACUGAGCCCGGCUCUGCCCUUCUCCAGUGUUUCACACCAUAUCCACAAUGUAACACAGAGGACUCGGAAAGAUGUCUCAUCACUGGUACCUUCCAUGUCCUGGUGUAGACGGUGAAGCUGUAAAUUCAGACAAACUGGGAUCAACAUUGGUUUUGGCCUACACGUCAACAUAAAAGGGCCCUGUUGAAGUUGAAAUAGGCCAUAAGUAAUAAUCACUGUACUGUAGUUUUACAAGCCAUGCGUUACUGUUACUGAUGUAUUUAAUGAAGGAAGAGGUUCAUAUGUGAGGUCUGUGUUUUCACUUUGUACAAAAGACGAGAGCGGCUGACAUUUGUUUCUGCUCUGUAAAAGGGAAGUGGGUAAGUAAAGGUGAGCAGAGGACACCCACCUCAGUUCAUCAAUAUAAUUCCUGGGCUCUACCAUCAGCCGGUGAAUAUAUUCAAAGCUCAGCAGCUCACCUGCGACAUUGCAAGAUAAUGACGUUGUGAUAUCAGGUGUGAAGUGUAGAGAAGCUUCAAACACCGUGAAUAUUUAUGGAGAGAUUUUAAUGUGUCGUACAUGCUCUGCUUUUCCCAUUUUAACUAUGGUUUUGUUACGGAGCCUCUCUGUUUUUAUAUCCAUAUAUUGAUCGAACAACCCGGGACAAUAGAAACAACUUUCUUUCAGCCUUAAAGGGUAGUGCUGGUUCUGAUGCUGCUAUGUCUCCAUCGUUCUCUCCAUGUGGAUGCCUUAUUUUGAGAUGUGGGAACUGAUUGAUAGACAUCUCUUUAUCCAUCACACGUUUUGUUCCGUCUGAGACUGACCGUUUCCCCUCCCCUGGUUCUUAACUGAAGUAUUUGCUGGUAAAUUCCUUCUGGUGCUAUCAUGCAGGUCUCACCAAUAACUGUUCCUCUGCAAAAGGCCAUGUAGUGACUAUUAGGUUUAAUUGAAAUAUGGAAAAUAAAAGUGUGUAUGAGUUGAUAAAUACAAAGCUGUUGCCAA